UCUCUCUUCAAUAUCUCUCUCCUAAAUUCAACUCCUCUCUCUCUCUCUCUCUUCCUCUCUACGAAAAAAUCGCUGGGCUUCCGCCCACUUCCGCCCCAUGGACUGCUUCAAAAUCACCACCGUCGACGAGGAAUACGACGGGGACGGCGCUGUUCCGAGGCCGUCCGCCGCGUCCAAGGUAUCGUGGGUUACACGGUCCCUGAGCGUGGCGUCGAGCUCGAGGCGGUCCGAGUCGGCGAGAGACUUCACCGACUCGCUCGAGUUUUUCACCCAGCCCAGGGCCAACAACCUGCGGGUGUUCACGUUCGGGGAGUUGAAAGCGGCCACGAGAGGGUUCAGCAGGGGCAUGAUGAUCGGAGAGGGAGGGUUUGGGUGCGUUUACAGAGGCGUUGUUAGGUUUUCCGAUGUUGAUGAUGGUAAUUGUUCGGGUUCGAAUAUGGAUGUCGCUGUUAAACAGCUCAAUCGCAACGGAUUCCAGGGGCAUAAGGAGUGGAUUAAUGAAGUGAACUUUUUGGGUGUAGUCAAGCACCCAAAUCUUGUAAAGUUAGUGGGAUAUUGUGCAGAAGAUGAUGAAAGAGGGAUACAACGUCUUCUGGUGUAUGAGCUUAUGUACAACAAAAGCUUGGAGGAUCAUUUAUUUAUUCGAGAAGUGUCUCCUCUGUCAUGGAUGGCAAGACUAAGAAUUGCUCAAGAUGCAGCUCGUGGUUUGGCUUACCUGCAUGAAGAGAUGGAUUUUCAGCUAAUAUUUCGAGAUCUUAAAACUUCCAACAUUCUCCUGGAUGAGAACUUCAGUGCAAAGCUCUCAGACUUUGGACUGGCUAGGCAGGGUCCAGCUGCUGGACUAAGUUAUAUUUCAGCAUCAUCGGUUGUUGGUACAGCAGGUUAUGCAGCUCCUGAAUACAUUCAAACUGGCAGGUUGACUGCUAAAAGUGACGUUUGGAGCUUCGGUGUGGUUCUCUACGAGCUAAUCACAGGAAGGAGAGCAGUAGAAAAAAACAUGCCUCGCAAUGAGCAGAAGCUCUUGGAUUGGGUGAGACCCUAUGUGUCAGAUUCAAGAAAAUUUCACCUUAUAGUAGACCCCAGACUAGAAGGUCAAUAUUGCAUCAAAUCAGCUCAAAAACUUGCUUCUCUGGCAAACAAGUGCCUCGCAAAAAAUGCCAAAUCCCGGCCUAAAAUGAGUGAGUUGGUUGAGAUGCUAGGAAAGAUAAUUAGUGAGACAUUAUCGGAAAAUGAUUCUGCUCCCCAACAUGCUAAAGAAACUCAAGGCAAGAAGGAAGAAACUGAGAAAUCUGUUCGGAAGUUCAAUUGGAAAAACUGGACACUCAGAUAGUAAAUUCCAUUCGGGAUUUUUUGUGCUCCAGGAGGGGGUGUGAAACCAUCCCCAUGAAAUAAGUCUUUAGCGGCCAGUUGGAACUUAGAUGAUUAUAUCGUCUCUUGGAGUGGUUUGGCUUUGCUUCUUGUAUAUGUCUGCUGUUGUUUUGGUGCAGAAUAUGGGACUAGUGUUGGAGUUUUUGGCUGUUCUGGGCCGCGUUUUGUAUUACUGGGAUGGGAAGUGCUACAAUACACGCCCUUUAUUUGGGUGGGUAUCAUAUGCACCCUCAUUGAAACACGCCAAAAUAUUAUGAAUCUAUUGCUAAAAAGUUACGAAUCAUAUUGAUGAAA